AAUACGUUAUUGGCGCUCAUAUCUAACGGAUCUUUGGAAUAUAACUCGAACGAUAGUGGUGGUGGUUGUGGUGGUGGUUGUGGUGGUGGUAGUCGUUGUCAUCAUCAUCAUCCCCAUCAUCGUCGUUGUCAUUGCUGUAACUAUCGGUGUUAAGUAGUGUUCUGUAUUCCUUUUAAUAAUCGACUGUCAUUCACACGCGACGAACCUCGGCUAGUUUUAUUAUUCAACUUACAAUGGUGAUUCUCGAUUUGUUCGAAAAUAUAUCAUCGGUUCCAAAGCUUUAUUAUGGAGCUUUAUUCGGAAUUGUUUUCAGCUUUUAUUACCUUCUCGAAGUUGUUAAAACUCCAUUAUUGGUAUGUGCAAAAGGACCUUUUCGUUCAUUCUUAGAAGAUCACGUACCAUUGGUGAAAAACAAAUUUUGGCCAACCCUAUGGUGUUUCGAAUCACGAGCACAAACUGUACUCGCAAGUAUAGUUAGGUCACGUGUAUUACCAGUGAUACAUUACCGCAGAGAAAUAUUCACAUUGUCCGAUGGUGGCGAAGUAGCUUUAGAUUGGGCUGAGGAGAACUGUCCAACUACGUCACCGAUAGUUAUCAUUUUACCGGGUUUAACCGGUGCAAGUAACACAGAAUAUAUCAAAUGUCUAGUAUCAGCUGCUAAAAAAUCACGUAUUAGAUGCGUUAUAUUCAAUAACAGAGGAUUGGGUGGUGUUAAAUUAAAGACACCACGUACAUAUUGUGCCGCUAAUUGCGAAGAUUUGGCAGAGAUAAUCGACCAUUUAAAAAAAUUACAUCCUAAUGUUCCUUUCGGUGCAACUGGUAUUUCUAUGGGAGGAUUGAUAUUGGGUAAUUAUCUAGCACAAAAUGGCGCAGCUGCGAAAGAUAAAUUUAAGGGAUGUUUUAUCAUAUCGGCACCUUGGAAUGUAUUCGCCGCGACGGAAAGUAUCGAAAAAAAGUAUAUCAAUUUAAUGCUGAACAAACACUUAGCUAGCAAUUUAUGUCGCACUGUUAAAAAAUAUUAUUCAUCAUUGGAAACUGGUUUAGAAAACGUUGAUAUGAAUAACGUUUUACGCAGUCAAACCGUGCGAGAAUUUGACUCAAACUUUACGGCCAAACAAUUUGGUUUUAAAGAUGUCGAAGAGUAUUAUCAAAAAGCAACAUUACAUGACAAAUUGCAUUUAAUCGAGGUACCUGUAUUGUGCCUUAAUGCAGCAGACGAUCCAUUUCAACCAUUAGAAGCCAUUCCAUUAAAUGAAUUUACUAAAACUGAAAACGUCGCCAUUGUGGUAACCUCGCGCGGUGGCCAUAUUGGAUUCCUCGAAGGCUUUUGGCCGGUAAAAGAGGAACAAUAUAUGAGCAAAUUAUUUUGCCAAUAUUUCACUGAACUAUUUACCGUUGGUAUGGAAUUAAUUUCUCAUUGAAAAUAUUUUUGAUGAUCAUUUGUUUGUUGUUGUUGUUGUUGUUGUUGUGCCAUUG